GAUGUAUCUAACAAGAUGUAUUUUAUAUCAACUUCUGUUAUCUGGCCUGUCUGAACAAAUGAUGCCUUUGGAGUGUAAGGAUUGUGAUGUAUUUUGCAAAGAUUUAUAGACUAAUUGAAACUUGUAAACAUAAAUAUAUCCUGUGUGUUCAGAUCUGUGCAGAAUUCCACAGGAUUACGAACCUCGACCUGAAGAACCACUUUUAUGCUGUGUUGGACCAACAUGCUCCCCGGCUCCAGAGCUUAUUCAGAAAGAAAGCUGUUUGCACAGGGAACCUGUCUGAUGUCCUGUCUCAGCUCUUCAGAAGCUAUAAUCUCCAGGAACAAGCUGAUAUCCAUGCCCAACAUGCUGGUGUGCUUCAUGCCCUCCCUGCCUAUUUGUACGAAGACACCUCUACCUUCAUCAAAACUUGGGAUAUGAUGCAUACUGAUAGACCAGAUAUUAGUGAAGUGCCACUUGGACUCCUCCUGAUCAGAGCCAAUUCCAGCGAUGCAACAUUCUUCUGCCCUGAGAAGACUGCAGUUUUGGUCGAGGGUAACAUGAUCAUUGAUUUCACCAACCUGGCUCAUGCAUUUCUAGUAAUAUUUGGAUUGACCUACGCCCUGCACCUAAGCAACCCAAAAUGUUUGGCCAACAUUUUUGACUUUAUUCACAAAGUUUUGAUGGGUCUGGAGGGUGGGAAGUUGAAGCCCAAAGUCCUGAGUCUUAAAAAUGAUCUUUCGGCAGCAGAAUAAAGUCCAGGAUUCCUACACAGCCCUCAAGUGCCUGUUAAAGCAAGUAAUUCAGUUUAUCGUGUUUCCAAGUCUGGAUAAGUUUUAAAAAAAA